AUGAUGUUUUUCAUGAUGAUAUUAUUCAUGGCCUCUCUUUCCCAUGCCUACUCUCCAACCACCGAAACUGAUCCAGAUGAAUACGAUACUCAAUUCUCCCUCUCUCUAGUUUCGAAUACUUUAGGUUCUAUUGAACCAGGUCCAGUAACCAGAUAUCCAGAUGCCUACGAAAAGGCCACAAGUUUCUUCAGAAAUCAAUAUGGUUUAGAUAUUUCUGCUGAUGGAUCUCGUCUCCCAGUUGGUGCUCAACUCGUUACUGGUUCUGCCUCAGCUUACGUUAUGAAUUAUGCCAAAGUUCGUGGUUAUCCAAUUUUGGCAGGUUCACAAGAUGUUGGAGUUCAUGAUGAUACUAUUAGUAUUGUCCUUUCUCAACCAGCUGUUGUUCAUGGAGCUUAUGGUGGUAAGAAUGGAACUUUUGUCGAUGGAAAUUCUGUUUUAAUUUUUGGUUUUUAUACUUUCUUUUGGAAAGUUAAUGGAACUUCAGUUUUUCCAAGAUCUACCUUUGCAGGAAUGAUGCCAAUGAAGAUUGGUCCAGAUGGUUCAAUGGUUGUUGAUUGUGAAUUGACUUCUAAUAUAUUUGGAAAGGGUAUGGCUAGAGGAAUUAUGCUCAUUAGAAUUAAUCCUCUAACUGGUCAACCUUACACAACCAUUGUUAGUUCACAUACUUACCAAAUGUCAAAGACUGAUACAUCUCCAAAAUGUGCUGUAUUGACAACUGAAAAGGACAUUCACAAUGAUGACUUUGUUGUCAAGUGGAAUAAUGUCUUGUUGAGCGUCAUUCGUGAUUUGAAAGUUGCUCCACCAAUUGCCUCAAGACAAAUGGCCAUUCUUCACACUGCCAUUGAUGAUGCCCUUGGUAAUUGCAGAAGAUUGAGAUAUACUUCUAGAAAGUGUACUCGUGCUACUUUGGUUUCUGUUAUUUCAUAUGCUGCUCAUCGUGUCUUGUCCAAUUUGUAUCCAGCUCAAAUUGAUUGUUUCAAUGGAGCUUUGAAGAGAGCUUUGGAAUGUAAUGAAUGUAAGACUGUUCCUAGAACUGAAUUGGUUGCCAUCGGUAAAUCAGGUUCUUUGGCAGCUGACAGAGUUUUGAGAUGUAGAGAUAAUGAUGGUAGUACUGAUUUUGUUGAUUAUAAUUUCUCUAAUGGACCAAUGUCUUAUCAAUCCCAUGCUCCAAACUAUGUCAGAGUUCCAUUGUUACCUCAAUGGCCAAAUGUUGAACCAUUUGGUGUUCAAGAUGUUGAUUCUUUCGAUCAAGGUCCUCCACCACAAAUUGGAACUCCUGCAUUCGAAAGUUCAUACGAUGAAGUUUUCACAUAUGGUAAGAAUGAUUCUAGUGUGAGAACAUUUGAACAACGUAGAAUUGCCUUGUUCUGGGCUGAUAAUGCUGGUACAAGUACUCCACCAGGUCACUGGAAUAUCAUUUUACAAUCCAUCAUUAGAAAGAUGAAUAUUGUUGAUACUUUCAAGAUUUCUGGCAUGUUUAAGGUUUUGACUAGUUCAUUGGCUGAUGCUGCUAUCGUCUGUUGGUAUCAUAAAUACAAGUAUGAUGCCUUCCGUCCAGUUACUGCCAUUGCCAACAGAAAUAGAAAUACUAAUUGGUUCCCAUUUUUGGCAACUCCUCCAUUCCCAGAAUAUUCUUCAGGACACUCAACAUUUUCUGCUGCAGGUGCCAGAGCUUUAAGUUUAUUAUUGGGAACUGAUGAUAUUUCCUUUGAAACCAUUUCUGAAGGUUAUGUUCAUCAUGUGAGACAGUUCAGUAAAUUGUCAGAUGCUGCAAAAGAAGCUGGUAAAUCAAGAAUCUAUGGUGGUAUUCACUUUGAAUAUGCCAACCAAGCUGGUUAUACUUCAGGUGUUGCUGUUGCCAAUGCUGUUUACAAUCAGUUGUGUAGAAAUGGUUCAUGUCUCGUAUAA